GAAGUCUGCUAGAAUAACAUUCGUCGUUGCAUAGGCUACUGUAAGGUCUGUGGGGCAGAACAAAUUUAGGGAAAGGGUUAUGGAGAGGCGUUUGACUUAACGGACUACAACACUGCUAUGUUUGGUCGGAGGAGCGGGUUGCUUUCCAAAAUACGCCUCUCUGGGAUCCGAAGGAUAGCCCAUUAAUUCAUACGAGAGCGCAACCGGUAGCCGUCAGCUACUUCUUCUCCACUGUGUCUGGGACAUCAGAUUCUAUUUCAGGACAGUUAACCACAAUAUGAGAAAACACAUGCCCACUUUCUAGAAAACAUUCGCUGUUAUUCUUUCCAGAUGUGGUCAUCGGGACGAUGCUGAAAAACUUUGGUCCUUCAUCCAAAAUGCCUGCAUAACAUUGUGAACAGCUGGGGGCUCGCGCUAUUGUUUAUAUAUUUUUUGUUUUAGCAGUCUAGAGAAACUUUUCUCCUUUUCAUCAUACAUUGUUUCUAUCGUCUGUUGAUCUUUGGAACAAACACGCCAUGGCUGAACACGAAAGUUUGCAGUUUGGGAAGGCGGAUUUUGUUCUGCUGGACAACGUGUCCAUUGAAGAAUUUAUGGCUAACCUCAAGCUCAGGUUUGAAAAGGGCCGCAUCUACAGCUACAUUGGGGAGGUGGUGGUGUCGGUUAACCCUUACCGUGCCAUGAACAUCUACGGCCGCGAGGUCAUCGAGCAGUACAAGGGCCGCGAGCUGUACGAGCGCCCGCCGCACCUCUUCGCCAUCGCCGACGCCGCAUACAAGGCCAUGAAGAGGAGGAAUAAGGACACCUGCAUUGUCAUCUCAGGGGAGAGUGGUGCGGGCAAGACGGAGGCCAGCAAGUACAUCAUGCAAUACAUCGCUGCUAUCACCAACCCCAGCCAAAGAGCGGAGGUGGAGAGGGUCAAGAACAUGCUGCUCAAGUCCAACUGUGUCCUGGAGGCGUUCGGCAACGCCAAGACCAACCGCAACGACAACUCCAGUCGCUUCGGCAAGUACAUGGACAUCAACUUCGACUUCAAGGGGGACCCCAUCGGCGGACACAUCAACAACUACCUGCUAGAGAAGUCCAGAGUUAUCUUCCAGCAGGAAGGAGAGAGAAGUUUUCACUCCUUCUACCAGCUGGUGAAAGGAGCCCCAGAGUCUCUCCUGCGCUCUCUGCAUGUCCAGAAGGAUGGCUCUGUCUACAACUUCAUCAAAGUCGGCAUACACAUAAAGUCCUCCAUCAACGACGGUGCUGAUUUCAAGGCGGUGGCUGACGCCAUGAAGGUGAUUGGCUUCACUCCGGAUGAGAUCCAAACUGUUUACAAAAUCCUAGCGGCCAUACUGCACCUGGGCAACCUGAAGUUCGGCACAGACGGGGACGUGACUCUGAUCGAGAACAACAAGCUGGUGUCGGUGCUGGGGGACCUGUUGUCCACCAAGGAGGAGAACGUGGAGAAGGCCCUGCUCUUCCGCACCGUGGCCACGGGGAGAGACAUCAUCGAUAAGCAACACACGGACCAGGAGGCCGGCUACGGCAGAGACGCACUGGCCAAGGCCAUUUAUGAACGCCUCUUCUGCUGGAUCGUGGGCCGAAUCAACGAUGUCAUCGAGGUGAAGAACUACGACGCCAGAGUGCAUGGGAAGAACACGGUCAUCGGCGUGCUGGACAUCUAUGGCUUUGAGAUCUUCCAGAACAACAGCUUUGAGCAGUUCUGCAUUAACUACUGCAAUGAGAAGCUCCAGCAGCUCUUCAUCCAACUAGUACUGAGGCAGGAACAGGAAGAGUACCAGCGAGAAGGCAUCCCCUGGACACAUAUUGACUUCUUCAAUAACCAGAUCAUAGUGGACCUGGUGGAGCAGCAGCAUAAGGGGAUCUUCGCCAUGCUGGAUGAGGCCUGCAUGAACGUGGGCAAGGUGACCGACGUGACCUUCCUGAACGCCCUCAAUGGCAAACUGGCCAAGCACGCCCACUACACCAGCCGCAAGCUCGCUCCGACUGACAAGACUCUUGAGUUCGACCGGGACUUCCGCAUCAGGCACUAUGCAGGGGACGUGGCGUACUCUGUAGUGGGCUUCAUAGAUAAGAACAAGGACACCCUGUUUCAAGACUUCAAGAGGCUCUUGUACAACAGUUCCAACCCUGUGCUGAAGGCCAUGUGGCCGGAGGGGAAGCUGAGCAUCACCGAGGUAACCAAGAGGCCGCUGACCGCCGCCACACUCUUCAAGAACUCCAUGAUCUCCCUGGUGGAGAACCUCGCCUCCAAGGAGCCCUACUAUGUGCGCUGCAUCAAGCCUAAUGACGUCAAGUCUCCGCUGCUGUUUGAGGAGGAGCGCUGUCGGCAUCAGGUGGAGUACCUGGGCCUGCUGGAGAACGUGCGCGUCAGGCGCGCCGGCUUCGCCAACCGACAGUUAUACCCACGCUUCCUGCAGAGGUACAAGAUGAUCUCGGAGUUCACGUGGCCCAACCACGACCUGCCGUCGGACAAGGACGCGGUGAAGAAGCUGCUGGAGGACCAAGGCUUCAAGCACGACGUGGCUUACGGCAAGACCAAGGUCUUCAUCCGCACGCCGCGCACCAUCUUCAGCCUGGAGGAGAAGCGGGCAGACAUGGUGCAGAGGAUCAUACUGUUCCUGCAGAAGGUGUGGCGUGGCACCAUUGCCCGCAUGCGUUACCGGCGAAUGCGCGCGGCCGUCAUCAUCAUCCGGGCGUACCGCCGCUACAAGGUGAAGUCCUACAUAAAAGAGGUCAACCACCGCUUCAAGAACGUGCGCGGUAUGAAAGAUCAUGGGAAGCACGUCAAGUGGCCCACGCCACCCAAGGUGCUGCGCAAGUUCGAGGAGGCCUGCAAGAGCAUCUACAACAGGUGGUGGGCCUGGACCAUCAUCAAGGGCUUCAACCCUGAGGAGAUGCUGCAGGUGCGGGCCAAGGUGGCCACGCUGGAGUGCCUCAAGGGCCAGAGAACCGACCUGGGCCUCCAGAGAGUCUGGGAGGGUAACUACCUGAAGCGGGAUAGUCCUGAGACUGCCUCGUCCUUCACCCUGGUGUCCAGCGACCUUCAGCGCAAGGACAAGUUCAUGAGGGUCCUCUUCUCCUCCAACGUCCGCAAGAUCAACCACUUCAACAAGGCUGAGGACCGAACAGUGCUGAUAACAGACCGCCACCUGUACAAGAUGGACCCCGUGAAGCAGUACAAGCCCAUGAAGAGCAUCCCCCUCUACAACGUGACGGGCGUGAGUGUGUCUCCGGGUAAGGACCAGCUGGUGGUCUUCCACACUAAAGACGGCCGAGACCUGGUGGUGUGUCUGCAGGGCAUGACCCCCGCUGGUGAGAGCCGCAUCGGGGAGCUGGUGGGCACACUCUUCAGCCACUUCAAGAGUGAGAAGAGGAAGCUGCAGGUGAACAUAGCCAGCCCCAUCCAGUGCAGCAUGAACGGCAGAAAGUCCACCGUGGUGGUGGAGACCAAGAUCAACCAAUCGCAGCCUGACUUCACCAAGGGCCGCUCGGGGUACAUCCUCUCCGUGCCCGCCAAUUAGGGGAGCGCUCUAGAGAGUUCCCGGGGCCUGAUUGGUUGGCUGCUUGGUUGGGGUGUAGGUGGGUCCUGUCACCCGAUACUGUGGGGGGUUCUUUGGGGCGUAUUCCAAAGAGGUGGUUGAGUUGCUAACCCGGCUAUGUUUAACCCCACAGAGUCAGUUGUAAACCUCCUAAUAGAAGAGACUUGCAGGUUUGUCCUGCAAUCAAAACAAAGCCACACGCCUCUUCUAUUACUAGAGUUACCACUUGCUUUGAAGUAACGUACCCAGAGGGGCAAUUCCAAGAAUAUGGUUAAGUGAUAAACCACACUUGGUUAACCUCCAUGGUAAACCUGCUUCUAGGUUUUUCUUUUAUUUAAGAAAAUGAGGGCUCUGGGCUCUUCUAUUAAAUGAUUUACCACUUCCCCAAGGUUGAUUUAAACUGGUUUACUACGGAACCAUCUUCUUGGGAUAGCCCUCAGGUAAGUGAAAGUCAUGGGGAUCGCCAUUGCCAUUUUGUAAUCCCCAACCACCAACCACCCCCUACUCUCCACCCCACUCUACCCUGCCUCUACCCUGUCACACCACUCAGCACCCUACCCUGCGCCUGCAAGCACCACUUUUCACAUAGGACUGAACUGAUUAUUAUUUUUUUUCAGUGAUCAAAGCCAUACAUACCAAAAUUCUGCAAUGAAACUGGGUUUUUUUGUAGAAACUCCUAUAAGCCCACUACUCCAGCUUAGCGUGGGAGAAUAAUGUUCGUUGUCAGCAAUUGUACGAUGUGGGUAUUGUAAUUUUUAUGCUGUCAUUUGCUUUUUGUUAUUUUUGUUAUUAAUAAUUAUUAAUAACUUGCUUGUAAUUCAUUAUAUUCUGUGCUUAUGACCAAAGUCAUUCACCAAAGAACCCGCAAACUCUGACAGUAAGGGUUAAAUGGGGAGUUUGAAAACAUACCCAAACAAGGGGUUGAACUGAUUUUCUUUUUGUUUCUUUUUCCCUUUUUUAAGCAGCCAAAUGAAGAAUUUUGGGGGUAAACAUCACUGUAAUGUUGUUGCGAAGCAGUGUAAUAUUUAGACUGAGAUUUGAGAUAAUGCUCUGAUUCCCUAGAAGGGCAUUGCCUAUUUGGUAAUUCACAAAAGAGAUUAUAUCAAAUCACAGCUUAGAGCGUGAUUAUGUUUGACCUUUUUCUGUUGAUUCUGUUCAUUUGAGUCAAUGACAUUGGCAAAUUAGUUUUGGAAAUGUGUGUACUUAAGAAAUCUUUCAAAAAAUCCCUUUUUACUUUUGAAGUGGAGACCAAAUUUUGUAGUGUGUGCGUUUGUGCGUGCGUGCGUGUGUGUGGAAAGGGGAUGUUGAGCAUGCCCUUGUGAUCUUGCUUGGCUCGUAGAAGAGCUUUAAAACUCUAUGCUAACUUAAUCACCUUUUAUUGUAACCUUUUACGUUUAUUAUAACACUAUGCAAUAAGAAGUAAUGCAAAAAAGCAAAAAAACAAAAAAAGAGCGAGCCUACAUUGUAUGUUCUUUAAGCAAUGUAGCCUAUAUCCUAAAAUGCUCUAUUAUUAUCCAUUCAACAUAAGAGCGAUAAGGAUAUUAUGAUUAUCAACAUUGGACUAGUUGAAUUACUAUGGAGUAGCUGCUUUGUGUGUACUAUGCUCAAUAUAAAUGGCACUAAGAUAUGACGUUAACAGUGAGUUCCACUGCCCAAGCCGACAGCCAUGCUGCACUUUUUCAUCCAGUCUUAAGUGUAAUCCACCCAUUAGGUUCAGUCUGGUGUAGUGUGGGGUGUUGGAGAUUGGCAAAGCUGAACAGAUAGAAACAAGCCGAGAUGAGAUGAGAUGAAGGCUACAUACUCCUUCCCUUGGUAGUAUGGUGACUAGUGAAGUUUCAGGACUGUUUAAGGUUCAAUUCCAUUAACUCUUAGCCCAGAUAGGAGGACAGUAUUGUAGAACCCAAACAUUGAAAUCACUCCAUAUUCUCCAUUCACCAAAGGCAAAAAAUCUAUCCAUUAACACAUAACCAUCAUUCUAUCUGUCUGUCUGUGCUGUAAGCCGAAUGAGAUUUUAAAUGACUCCGAAAUACAGCCCAUCUACAGUCUCGUCUUUCGUCUUGUCUCGUCAGUCCCCUCAUGUUUCCCUCUCCUCUGCGGCAGACUUUUUCAUCUUUUUUCUCUCUCCCCCCGCCCUCUUUUUUCAUAUAUCCACCAUGCUGACAGAUCUGGGCGUUUUUAAACGGCUCGUUGGCUUCGUAAUGUUAUGACUCAUGCGAAGCCUCCAAAAUAGCUGCAUGAAAAAUGUUUCCAUGUCACCGGCGUGUGUGUGUCUGUGGAUGGGUGGGUGGGAUCUUUGAAAAUUGCAUAAUAUGUCAUUUAUGAAUGGUAAAGCCAGCCCCACAUACAUAGACAUACGUCUUUUGCUUUGCAUCUCUUAAUUCUCUCUUAAUUCUUUGCAUCUUAUCGACUGAAACUUCCGCACAUCUGUUAUUUUUUGUUCUAAAUAUAGCUAGUAUUAUUGAUUAUCUUGGUUGUGUGGGCGUGCAUGCAUGCAUCUGUUUGUCGGAUGAGACAUCCCAGUUUCCUGUGUUAUUGACUCGGAGCAACAGGAUGCAUUGGAGUUUUGAUGAGAGAGAGAGAGCGAGAGAGAGAGAGAGAGAGAGAGAGAGAGAGAGAGAGAGAGAGAGAGAGAGAGAGAGAGAGAGAGAGAGAGAGAAAGAAGGGAAGAAAGAAGGGGGAAACUCCCAGGGCGCGUGCCCUACUUUGAGCUAAAACCUUUUCCUCCGAGGAUGAGAAGUGCCAAACGCCCCGCCCUUGAUAUCACAAGCCAUAGUCACGACUAUCCGCAAGAGUACGCCGAAGAAACUAUUUUCUCUCCCCCUUUUUUGCUCCUCUAAUUACAGCCCGUCUCCGUAACAGUAGCUCAAGAAGCUUGUCUGCAAGAUUUGACUUAUAAUCAGUUAAUUGGCGCCAGGACUGCAGAUAGUGUAGUUCGAGACGGGUCCCCUCUGCUGUGGUAUGUGGGGGGAUAAGGGGUUGGCUUGAGGUUGGGACAGCAGUGUGAUGUGGCAGAAGCUAGCGGGCUUGCAGUAGUUCACGGAGCUAUUUUUUUUAUAAUUUUCAUGAAUUAUAGAUUUAUUGUAUACUACUCUUAACACUGAGAGUGUGUCGUCAUGGUCCUCUUCUUUCAAAAUAGCUUUAUUAUUCCAGCACCGUCUGUCAAAAAGUAAAUGAUCAUUGCAUUAUUAGUCAAAGGUGGAUCCGCCACAAUGUGGGGGGAAAUAUGGCGACUUUUGCAUCAAAUGUGGGCGGACACAGCUGCUUUGAUGUAAACUAUGCAUGAAAUGGAUCCAAAAAUAAGAUUCUGACUUCCCAAUUUCACAACAUGGCAUUCUACAUCUGCUGAAUGGCAGUACAUGCACACACUGAAAAAUGGUGCGGCCUGAUGACCAGAUAACAGUGCCCACGCGCUGCCAUCAGUGUGAGUGUUCAGGCACCAGCUUAUGCUGAUGCUGGAUGGUUUGUGGAGCGAACUUAACAUCACUUGUAUUUCAGCAGCCAGUGGAGAUUGAAGAAUAGAGAAAAGAGAGAGAGAGAAGAGAAGAGGAGAGAGAGAAGAGAGUACCCACUCUUUUGCAUUGAGUAGCUCAUCUGGCAUAGCCAUUUCCUCUCUGAAUUGCUUGCUGGGCAGACAGCUCGACUUUAAGGAGAUUAGAACAAGGCACUGUGUGCUUGCCCACUCACUUUGUAACGCUUUGUCACAUAGGCAUAAAAAAUAGGACAUCUUUAGAGCGGUAUGGGCGUCUGUUUUUUAUGCCGUCUUUUUUUACUGUGUAUGUAACAUUUCGUUUACCCAAUUCAGAAGCAAUUUGUUCUUCAGUCGGUGAGCAGUUUUGUAAGUUCUAACAUUGUUUGACAGCAGCUGUUUCUUAACCAAAAAACAAAUCCCAUAACAGGCAAAAAGAGAGCCUCUGCAUUUAUGAAAUGUUUCUUCCCUGAAAGUAAUAGGAUAGUCCCGUUUGAUGUAGUAGCUUGUCAGUGCUAUGUGAAGUGACGCUUUGCAGCCUGCACAGUGGAUAUGUGUAAUUCUAUUCAUAUUGAUUCAGCAGUAUCACGUCUACCCCUGUCUCUUGUUCUCUGACUGCACUGUGUCUUGCUUCUCCCAACUUCCCCUUUCUUCUGUUCUUGUCCAGAUGCGUCCUUAAAAGUGCCUUUAAGCGUCCUCUAAAUUUGUGUCUUGAUGUUGAGAACCUGUUGUUGCCCUAUUUCUGACUAGAAAUAACCUUUAUGUUCCUCUUGUAUUUGCUUGUGCUGUUCAUGGUAUAUUCCACUCAGUCACUUGCUAUUCCGAUUCGUGUAUGUGCCUAAUUUUUUUGUACUGUGUAUGUAUUUAAGUAAUAUAUUAAAUGUAUUGAGUGUAAAUGAUUGGGGUUAUGAUGAUGGAACAGAUGAAAGGGAACAUAAUCUAAAGUUUUGUUUUUUGGUCCAAAUGUAUGUUUAUAUGGGAUACCACAUGAUAUUUUUUUGUUUUCCACCAAUAGAUUUGAAGAAUGUGAUGGUCUGUUCAUUUUUUAGUUGCUCCUUCAUUGCAUUUUAUUUUGUGUAUUUGCUCAGUCCUUCAUGAAAUUGUGCAACCGUCCAUAGUUUUGAGUUAAGAAAAUAAAUGUGCUUUGUUUCAUACACAUC